GGGGGCUCGGUCGCCGGCCGGGAAUUACUUAGUUUCUUUCAAUUGAUCAAGCAACAUCCUCUCGUUACAUGAAAUCAAGCGUUUCGCAAAGGCGAACGAAGAGUAAAGUCCUCGAGUCUUCUCGCAAAUCAAGGCAAACUGUUCAACGCAGCGAAAAGGCAUAAAGCAAACGCGCCUAUCACAAGUGACAUUAAUGCGUGUGCGUAUAGAGCGGUGUAAAACAUUAAGCUAUAAAACAGAGAACAGAACAGAAGUAACGAACCCGGUCACCACAGCAGAAAAUUAAUCUAAAACGAAGAGAAAAACUACCGGUGUAUGUGUGCGCAAAAAUUACCAGCCAUAACAUAGCGAAACGCCUGGAGGAAAACGCGAAUCGUGUUGCAAAUGAAGGAAAAUUGAUUUUCUCACUUACUUCCUCCCCAAUACACAACAAACAGAGGUGCCAGAGCGUUUUCCUUCAUGUUUGACGUUUGUCAGGUACAGGGACACAACACGGUACAGCGGCGAAAGCGCAAGAGAAGUGCUGGAAAAUUGUGAUUUUUCCUUUCCACCGCGCGAGUGUGUCUCUAGUUUGCGAAGUGCGCUGUCGGGUGUGUGUGCUGUGUGCAGCGAAGGAAAAAUUCACCCAACACAUACAUGCACACGAUACGGAAGUCGGCAGUAGAGGAAAGCGGCGACGAAUCCAAGUGAUAAUCAAGUGCUGUGAAAUUACAAAUAAUACAUUUUAAAGUUAGUAAGGUACGCGUUUAAGUACGACGAGCUCUACGCCAAACGUUUCGGAUUCAACUCAGCAGAAAAGCAGAGCAAAACGCAACACCCAGCAAAACAGGGGAAAACAUUCUGGGCAAACAAAAGUAUUUCCCAUUUCAUUCACAUCCCAGCGAGAGUCUUGGAAAAGCGUUUGGUUUUAUUAGGUUGUUUUUUGCACCCAGAAAGGGCAGAACAAAGAAAAAACGCAUAACGCAAAGCCGACUACAAUUCUAAGUCUACUAUUAAUCGAUUACUCGUUAAGGCGUACCAAACAAAACGAAGAGCAAAGCUGACAAGUUCAAAUAGAAUUAUUAGAAGAGAGCCACAAUAACUAAAGGAAGCGGAAAACGCCAACAACCGGAGCGAAACUACAUCACACCACCCCCCGCGGUACGGGAAAAGAACACGGAAUCAUCCACUAAGCCGUAUCAUCAUCUCGCCGUUGACGUGUGAAAACAGUGAGAAUUUUCCUUCCACCAAACAAAAAAGGGAAAAUUGCGGCCGUGCGUGAGCAGUGAAAAGUUUGUUCAGUGCAGUGCAGUUGCGUGUGUGCGUUUGAGCGAGCUUUUGCUUCGAGCGUUAGCUUUUCAUCGUGCUUUUUCCGGUUUCCACAGCAAAAAAAGGGGAACGGAAAAACUCGACCAAAACCCCACCGCUCGCUCUCUCUGUGUCUCUUCAUCACUCGCACACACACACAUACACUAUCCCCAUUUUCCCACGCACGUAACCGGUUCGAUUUAUGAGUGCGAAUUACGCUGCAAUCGACGAAUUGGUUGAAGAGUUUCUGAAAAUGGAACUCAUCUCUGUGCCGCCGUAUCCGGGCCAGCUGGGCUACCUGGGAUCGACCAAAGUCAACGAUUUCCGUACACCGUUGAUGCCAAUCCCGGCCAAUAGCAACAAAAAUUCUAAUCAAAGCCAACGCCAUCAGAGCCAGCCGCAGCAGCAACAGCAGUUGCAGCAGCAACAGGCCGCAAGUCAGCAGCAGCAGCAACAGUCUCAAAGUCAGCAGCAGCUGCAGCGCAGUCAUCACAAUAGCAGUAGCCAUCAUCACCAUCAUCAUCAUCAUCACCACCAUAGUAACGCUUCCCACCAGAGCCAGCUGCAGCAUCAUCAGCAGCAGCAGCAACUGCAGCAGCAGCAGCAACAGCAACAGCAGCUGUUGCAGCGUCAGCAUCAGCAGCAGCAGCAGUACUACAGCGAGAACCAGUAUCCACUGGAGCCGGCGACGAUAGCGCUGACUGCCUCGCCGCACGAGGAUGCUCUGCAGAAGCUGACCCAGCGGCUCGAGAGUGAGCUGCGCAUUGCCAAGCGGCAGCAUCUGGCCUGCACCGAGGUGUUGCUGCCGGCCGAUCUGCUGCCGAGGAUAUCGACGGAGAUGUUCGAGCAGUCGGAGAAGGAACCGUGCGGCAUCCGAGGUUGCACGAUCUAUAUCGAGUUUGAGGACGAGCCUGAUAACACACGGCGGAUUGCGACCAUGAAGACCGAUCCGAACACAGUGUCCACGUUCGAGCUGUACCUUACGCUCAAACAGGACCGAAGAGGAUGGACCUCGAUUUUGCCACAAUUUUUGAAAAAUUUGGCUCGUGGCAGUACAAUCAUGAUCAGUCCGGAGUUCCGGCUGACAAAGAACAAACUCUACCAUGCGUAUUCCGACUAAACAACAUUUCAACUCCAACCACUCCCUCACCCUCCCCACCAUCCCCAACCACCCUUCCCUGACACGCAACCCUCCGUUACGGGGUUGAGUGCCUAAAUCGGAGGGGGAUAAAACAAAAAUCAAACGCUCAUCAGGCGAGUGUGUGUUUCUCACCACCCACCGCACACCCUCCCGCAACAUCGCCUUCCCAACCGAAGGCUGUGGGCUCAGCGUGACGCUCAGGCGCGUGUGCCCAAGGAACGACAAGAGGAAACAUACCACCCAUACCAGCCCCGGCCCCACCACCGGAAUUCCGCCUACGAACCGGAAGUGAAUGUGUGCGAUACAAAAAUGCAUUCUGUGUGCCGUGUCCCCGUGUGCGUGAAACCAGUGCAGCGAGGACUUUUUAUCACUCCCCCAGUGAGUGUGAGCCAGUCCUGCUGAGGUUGGUGUGCGUGAUGUUUGGUGCAAUCUGUGAUUAUCCGUGGACGAUUGCUCGAUUUUUGGGAGGGAAAGUUUGAGGUCCCUCCCACACUCCACAAAACCUCCCCCCGAACUGUGAUUAUGUGAUUAUGCGCUCGAAUCGUUAUGUUUGUUUGUGCCUCCCAUCCAAAUGGAGCAGAAGAGAAGAAAACAAAUGGCCAUCGAAAUAAAAAAAAAAUAUGCAAAUGUAAGUUGCAGUUUGAAAGUACGAAAUGUGGACAGUUUCAUCGAAACGAAUAAGAAGAAAAUGAAGAAGAUUUCCCGCAAAUGUGGUGUGUGUGUGUAUGUGCCGACAUUUUGAUCGCGCGGUUGUUGUGCAUUCGAUAAUCAGCAGCCACCAUUAACCACACCACGCUUGGUGUGUGUUAUGUGUGGGAAUAAUCAACCAUCACUGUGGAGUGCACACCAUCCUUCAUGCGUCCACCCGAACCAUUUGGAAGGAUCAGCACGUAUUCAGCAGCAGCAGAAGAGAGAGAGAGAGAGAGCUACAGAGUCAUCAUGUGUAAUCAUCCAGCAGCAGCAGUCGGGGAUCAUCUUUAAUGAUCGUGUGAUCGUCCUCCUUCUGGUCAUGGGUUUGUUGCAGCAUCAUCAUCCGCUCCCAGCACCCAUCAUCAACAAUGGCAACUGCCCAUUUGGGUGUUUGUGUUGGAUGAGCGUGUGUGUGGCUGUGUGUCUGUGUCGUCAACCCUUUUUACUGGACCACCCGUUCAGCAGAGCGCGCGACCCAAGCCCAACAAAAAACCCCGACGAGAAGCGAAUGUUGCCGGACACUUGUGCUGUGGUGUGAGUGUGCGUUUUAUAGGAGCAGCAAAGGUAGGAUGCGGAUUUUCAUCAAUUUUUUUGUUUUUCCUCAUUUGUUCCCUUACUCUUAAGCAAGGAGAUAUGAAACAAAUAGAAGCAAGGGGGCAAACGAAAAAAGGAAAAUGGUAAAGAAGGAAAACAAACGAAAGCAACAAAAACAAAUUGCACUAUAAUAUGUUAUAGGCGAGCGAGAACCCACUAUUAUGCAAAAAUGAGGGUUAGAGGAGUGAAGCGAAGAAGAGAAAAACAAAAUGCAGCGGGAGAAGAUGCAACUGUGUCUGCAUCGUUUUACGGAUAAGUGCGUAAGAGCAGGAGACAAAUGUUUUUUUUGCGUAAGAAGAUGAUGGAAACGAAAAAGAAAACAAAACAAGAAAAGUAACACAAAACAACUACUUUUUAAGUAUUUUAUAAAUAUUUAAAAAUGAGGCACGCACGUUGUGGAUGAGACAACAGCAAACACAAUGUUUGGUAAAUGUUCUUGCUCCAUUUUCCGAUGUUGCGAAACAAUAUAGGAAAGGGGAAGCGCGAUGAAGGUAGGCAAGCGGUGAAGAAGAAUAGGUGAAGCGAAACAAAAAAGAGAAAAAAAACCCAAGUGAUGAUUAAUGUGUAAAACAACAAAACAAAGGAAUGCUGAAAUGCUAUAAGUAUGAACAACAACAAACGGAAAACGACGAAGAAGGAAUUUAUUAAAAGAGAGCAGGUUAGAAGCCAAUCGGAUAAGAAAACAAAACAUAAAAACACACAUACACAAACACACACAUCCUUAAUAUGUAAGCAUAAUAACACAACAACAAAACACACAAUCAGGCAUUGCAAUACAAGAGCUAAUUAAGAUGAUAUAGUAGGACAGCAAACAAAUUUUUAUAAAACCAAAACCAAACGUAGCUAAACAACACAACACACGCACACAAAUUCACACACAUACAUCGAUUGGGUGAGAGGAUAUCAUCAAAAUAGGGUUUUAUAAGUCAACACACAACCCUUGGACAAGGCAGUUAUUCGACCAUCACUAAUACCGUGAAGAAAUUUGGUAAGAAAAUCAGUUUUUCCCUUCUAUGAAGAUGUUCAUACAUCUUUAUAUUAUUUUUAUUUCACUUGUCGUUCUUUUUUUUUUUGCUUGGUCAAACAAAAGAAUUAAGUUAAACAAAUUCUUCUUUGUACCUCUCAUGUUGUGCAGAUUGCGAUUACAAAUCAUAUGAACCGUGCCCUGGUACUCCAUCGAUUUGUUUUUAUUUUUGUUAGUUUUCUAAGUUUUUUAAAGCGUUUUUUUUAUUUUCCUUUUAUUGCAAACAAAUAAACCAUCACAAUUGUAUGGUUGAAUGGAGGGUUUUGUUUUGCUUUUGUGCGUUUACCUUCAAAAAAUAUGUUUGAAGUUUGUGCACAACAAUCCCGACGAAUCGUCAACCUUUUUGAUGAGGAAAUUGUACCCCCCUAGCUGCUACAUUCAAUUAUUUAAUUUGGUUUGUGGGUAUUUUUAAAAAGUAUUUUUGUUUUUUCUUCUUCAUUUGUCCACGUGCUGUGUGUUUGCUUAUAUUACUAAAAGGAUAUAUCCCAUGUCGAGAAGAACCCCCGUGUGUGUGUGCUGGCGCUGUGUGUUGUUUGCUGGUUACGGCUGGUGGGUUGGUUGAAUAUUUUAAAUCUGCAACACUCGUCUAAUUGUGAACGAUUAAUUGUGAUGAUUUCCUAGUGAUUUUCCAAUUUUCCUCCUACAUAUUACGCGGAACACAUCCUCCUUUAUCCAAACACCACCAAGGGUGAGGGAUGAGAACCCAGGGGGUUCUCCUUAUUUUCCACCGCGUAACGGGAAGGAUGAUCCAUACAGUCAAGUGAUCGUUUCCUUUUUUUUUUGUUUGUAUGUUCUCACGCUCAUGGGCGAGAAACAUAAGUAACGGCAGGAAGAGGAAGAAAACAGGCAAAAAAAAACAAACAAAGUUUAGGAAUCGUAGGAAGAAGCGUAUGAAAACAAAAAAAGGGAGUUUGUUGAGUUUUUCUUUAAAUAUAUUGUAGGCAUGUACAAAACAAAUUCAAUUGCAAGUAUGCGCGUGGUAAGGGGUUUUGGUUAAUUUCAUUUACCCUCGAACCUUUGUUCCACGUGCAAAAAAGAAACACAGGUGUAUUAAGGCGUGUAUGAAUUUCGAAUUAGUGGACAGAUUCCACACAAUCUCACAUAACUACAGCAAACGAAGGAGGGGUAGAGGGGAAGGGAAUCGAAAGGGAGGCAGAGGAGAGGAAGGUUUUAGGAUUUUCAAAUUUUUUUUACAUCCAACAAAUAAUGGACAAGAAUUAUUAUGAUAAGAAACCCGUUCAAUCGCAUCAAUUGAGAUGUGAGGCAACAGGAAGACGAACGACAGAGAAAAACGGAUGAGAAGGACAGAAGCAACGAAAGCAUUUGCGCGUGUGUUUGUGCGUAUAUGUGUGUGUAUGUGAUAAGCAUUUUCAUGCAUUCAUUAAUAACAAACAGCAACAGAAAAACACAAAUUACAGAAAAAAAGCUGAAAAAAUAUCAUUUGUCUUACUAAUAUCGAAUAAUAUAAAAAAAACAAUAGAAGAAACAUUGAAUUAUAACGUAACGAACGAAUAAGAGAAUUGGAAGUUGGAAAACGAUACAAUGGAAUCAAUUUCAAAACAACACACACAAUAUACACACACCGCGCCCCGCGAUACAAAUUAAUUGUAAGGUUAAAAUGAAAAAUGUGAAGCAUGGUUGUUUCGCUCACAUCGUUUUCGAACUUUUCUGUUAAAUGUUAUUGUUUUGUGGAACCGUUUUUUUUUCUUGAGGAAUGUGUCAUUCCUUUUAAUUAAUUACUUGAUCCUUGUGUGUAUUAAUGAGGGAAGGGACAUUACUAUACGCCUUUACCGCAUGGCAGUUUUUUUUUAAAUAAUGUUUAGAUAUACUUUUUGUGGUGAAAAUUCACUCUCACUCUCUCUUUCUGCCUAGUACAAAACAAAAGGAAAACCAAACAGAGAAAGCAAGCUGUGAGACGUUUAACAAAUCUUGUUUUUUUUCUUGAAAUGUUUCGGAAUGAUUGGACCUUUGCGUAGUUCCUACUUCUUUUCCCGGUGAAACAGAGAAACUAAGCAGACAGAGCUUUGCAACCCGACAGUUGAUCGAUCACCCUGGUGUAAAGAACCCCGCCAUUGUUGUGGAUAAACAAUGGACAAAAAUCAAAAUGGGCAAAAAGCGAUAGGGACGUUAGAGAAAAGAAGGUGCAUGUUUAAAUUUGAAUUAGAAAUAUGUAACAAUUGGAAGUGAAAGAAGGAAAAAUGGUAUCGAAAAAGAACAAAAAAAAAAGAAAUUAAAA